GUUACCAGCCAAAGGCGGCACAAACUCGAAAUUUGAAAUCUGCGGGCUAGCGAGCUCGUUGCUAGCAUACACUCCGGGUUUAUUAUCACUGUUUUUUAAAUUGUUUUACUUAAACCAUGGCGUCGUAUCAUCCUAUUUUACAACAAGCUAAACCGAGGUUUGAAUCCCCCGCCAAGGUGUUUGCAAAGCUGAAAUCCAAAGUGCAAAGACAAGAGUUGUGCGCGAAAGAGGGGAUUCUUAGCAACGUAGCCACUGAGCCAUUGUACGCAGAGAAACACGGAGGGGAUUUUACGUCGCCCAGGAAGACAACAGAAAGCACAUGGAUGACAGAGGAACUCAAGGAGAACCAGAGGUUUGGCCCCUAUCGGAAAGAAGCACAGAUUUUGACCCUCUCGCCCAUAAAGAGUCCCCAGAAAACCUGUGGAGCUUCCUUCUUAGACUUUAGCAGCAAGCCUCUGGAGGAAGCGACCCCGUUUGGUGGGUACACGCCGAGAAAGAAAGCCUUCCUGGAAUCUACAGCUGUGCAUCAUCCCAACUCUGUGUUCAACAGAACAACACACACAGAGCAACCUCACAGACACCUUGAUGGUGCCAUGGUGAGCGGAAGCAGGACUCCAGUGAAGAUCCAGCCAGAGGGCUGGGACUGCAGGAGGGGUGUGUGUGUAGAGGAGUGUGUUCCAGACUCUGUGUUUUCCCCCAUGAGGAAAAGGCUGAGGAAGAGAAAACUGGAGCAGCAGGACUUUAACAAGGUCAGCAAUGAAGUUAUCAGUCAGCCUCAGGAGAGGAAGACCUCCAGUGCUUGCAGUGAGGAUGACAUCCCCGGCGACACUUACAUGGAGGAUCUGGGCCAUGUUAGAAGGUUCUCUGCUGACCAACCAGGGAUGAGCCAGUUCAGUCAUGAGGCCUUGUUACCAUCGAUGCCCACAGCUGUUAAACGUUGCCAGGUGGUGGCAGAAAAAUUCCCCCCAAUGUCUCCAGCCAAGAUGUUUGCUUACAUGAAGGAGAGGAAGAGUAAAGCAGAGCAGCAAGAAGCCCACCAAGUCAGCAGCAGCACAAGGGAUCUCUUUGAUGAAAAUGAUUUCCAUCAGUCCAGAGGUACAUCUCCCUCCUUUAUUCCUGAAUAUAUGAAAGCUCCAGACAGUAUGGGUCCAGCCAAUCAGUCUCCAGAGAAGUCAGCUGACAGUCAGUCAGACACAGACCCCUCUGAGGAUGUCCUAAACCCUGCUGAGCCAUUACAGCCUGUUUUACUCGAAGACCCUCUUGUACUCAAUUCACCAAGGAUCACCAUACCUAAGAAACAAGCCACUGUGUUCAAGCGAAACAAAUGGCCUCAGACAGUGAAAUUCCCCUGUGAAAGUGUGAUUCACCUCAAAAAGUGGUAUCUGAGCAGGAAUCAUAAGGGCAUAUAUGUCCAGGGAAACUGCCAGGAUAACAACGUACCGUGGACCAGUAAUAUCAUUUUGGAUCGGGUCAAUAAUCAUGUUUUGAAGACCGUUUCAGGAAGAGUUUACAUCUUGGUAGGCAAGAUGAACUUGAAGGCUGACUCUGGAUUUCCCAAGUGGUUUUUGAAAAAGUUUGUUGAUGGUUUUCCUGCAAACUGGAAGGCACUUUAUGAGAAGUUUCUGUCAGAAAAAAACAGAGGGACAACAAGGAACAGUGAAGCGAGUGGCAACAAGGCACGGACAAAAUCUGAGACUUCCUCUGUGUCUGUGAAGCAGCACAGGCAAAAACCUCUAAAAACGCCUGCCUCCUGUCCUCCCGCCCCUGUGACUUCAAAUCAAGUGUCCCGGAGUGGUCGCACGAUCAAACCCCCACUGGAGUACUGGAAAGGCGGGAGAGUCAUUCUGGAUGCACAUAUGAAUGUUACCAUCCAUGAAUGUUAUGAGAGCUCCAUCUGCAUCCCUGAGGUCAGUACACGAGUGUCCGCGAGGGCAUCAAGGAAACCUGCCCGUGUGUUCCUCCCAUGUGCUGGAGAUCAGUCUAGAAGUGAAUUGACCAGCAACCAACAGGAACCAGCACCGCAGAGGAGGGUCAAGGCCCAAGUCAGCAAAAGCAACAGAGCUAAAGUUAAUCUUGAAGAGAAGCCCUUGUAUUUACCAGAGCCUCCUGUGGAGGUAAAAAGCAGCCCUGACGAGGGCUCCAGCAGAAUGACAAGAUCCAGCAGAAGGCGUCCAGCUCCAGAGAAGAGGCUGUAUGUGGAUGCUGUCCAGCAAAUGGAGCCUGAAAAAUAUUUAACAAAGAAGUCAAAAAAUCAGACACAGGGAACAGCAAAACAUUCAGGCAGAGUCUCUAAAAGCAAACGGGAUAUCCUGUCAUCCUCAGCAUCUCCCUCUGCUCAUGAUCAGUCUUCAGAUGACGAGGUUCUCUUCAGGAGAACAAGGAGGGAAAAUAACAAGAGAGGUGGGAAGGAUCAUAACAAGCCAAGGCAGAACAGACUCUCAUCGAGUCUGUCAGCAGAAUCCUUUGAGGAGAGUGAGAAGGAGCUUAAUAGGAGAACCAAAGGAACAAAAAAUAAUGAUGCCACACAAACACAAGUCAGACCUAAACAGAGUAAAUGCACCAAGAUAUCACCACCCACAAAACCUCAGCCUAAGGUGAUCAACAAGAAAGAAAAGAGAAACAAAGGCAACACACAGAUUCAAGAUGACGAUCAAUUUGAGUGGACCGAGGUGGAGCUGACGAAGUUACGGGAGGCUGUGUCCUACUAUCCUAAAAACAUGGCAGGCUACUGGGCAAAGGUGGCGAGGAUGGUUGGGACACGUUCUGUAGAGGAGUGUCGCAAGCAGCUCAUGUCUAAGGUUGCUCCUGAGACUCCCGCCAAGAAACAGAACAAACCCACGAAGCAAAAGGUGGAAGCACCAAAAGAUCAAGAAGUGCCUUUGAUAUCAGCACGUGCGGGAACCUUGAAGAGAAAGCAGCAGGUGCGUCAGUUCCUGAAGUCCAUGCCCAGAGAGGAUGUAGAUGAUGUUUUCACUUCUGCAUACAUGCAUCAAAAACAGUUUGGGAUGCCCUCUAUAUGUUCAAGUGAGGACCUUGACUGUGCUCCAUCAGACCAGAUGCCCCGUACUCCGGGGUCAGCAGGUUUCCCUGAUGCAAAGACCCCUCAGUGUCUGGAUGUCAGGCCUGACAUGAUCGACUCUCCAAACACGAGCAAUGAUGACAAGUACACGUACCAACUCCAGAAGAGGAUGAGAAAAAAUCAAUAUAAUGUUUGCAAACAGGCUCCUUCUGCUAAGAUCCUCACACCAUCUGCUAAGCGAACCAUGAAGAGAUGUGGUAACACAGAAAAUGACACCUUUGUCGUUUGGGAGAUGUUUCCGGCAAACGAUGCAGCACUGUCUGAUAGCGGAGAGGAAGAGGAUUUUUACUUUUCAGACAACUGAUUCAACGCAACCAAAAAUGUGUAAAAAAUAAAUCUUAAAAUGCUCCCUUGGAUUAAAAUCACUGGAACAGA